AUGCGUUGAUCUGAUUUGACUCUACAAUACUAAAACGAUGUCGUUAGUUAUAACAAGUUCACACUUCACAAGUAACAAACCAACAUCGUAGUCCACAAAAACAAACACAAACAUAAGAACAGAAAAACCUUCGUGUGACUGUGUCGUGUGUUGUAAAACUGAAUCAUCAUCAUCGCUAUUAUCAGAAACAUGGGAAGUAACGAUUUGAAGUACGAGGUUUCACAAAACGCAUACAUCAAACUCGUUCUUCACUCUCUCAAACACCCUACAUCCGCCGUCAACGGCGUCUUGAUCGGCCGCAUCUCCUCCUCCAACGACACCGUUGAAAUCACCGAUGCCGUCCCUCUUUUCCACUCUCAAAUCCCUCUUCUUCCUCAAUUGGAGAUCUCUCUCAUUCUGAUAGAAGAAUACUUUUCUACCAAAGGGUUGAACAUAGUUGGUUAUUUUCAUGCCAAUGAGAGGUCUGAUGAUUUUGAGCUUGGUGGUGUGGCAAAGAACAUUGGUGACCAUAUCUGUCGUUACUUUCCACAAGCUGCUAUUCUAUUGUUAGAUAACAAGAAGCUUGAAGCUUUGAAAAAGAGCAAGAGUAGCAGUGCUAUAAUGCAGCUUUAUGUUAGGGAUGCAUCUAAGAAUUGGAAGUUGGUUCAGUCAGAUGCGAACAACCGAUUCUCUCUCAAAGAGCCAUCAGCAAAUGUGAUCUUAUUGGAUUAUAUUUCAUCUGAGAAAUGGAAUGACAUUGUAGAUUUUGAUGAUCACCUUGACGACAUAAGCAAGGAUUGGCUAAACCCAGGGCUCUUCAACUGAUCUCGGCCCUCGUUCCAUUUGUAUCCAAUCUACUUUGCAAGUGGGUGAUGUUCAAGCAUAUCAUGGCCCAUAUGCCGAAUUCUGGUAAUGAACAAUCAGGGAAUAGAUCUUGACUUGAGGAAUGUUGUUUUAUGAGAAACUUUAUCAGAUGUAUAAGCAGGAUAUUUAUCAUCCAAUUUACAAUUUUCAGAGUUUUCCUUCUACAAAGGGCCAUAUUUUUUUGUUGCAAGGCUUUUUCUUCUUCUUUCCUUUCUCACCUUUAUGUAGGUACAUUAAAUUGAGUUUUCUUGCUUUGCUUGGAACAUUGUUAUUUCGAAGAAACAAUAUAGUCAUAGUUAUCCAUUAUCCUGUUUCAUA